AUGCCACGCGGACGCAGUAAAACUUGUCGUAUUCUGUGCGGUCGCCACUCUUUGCGAUCAUCAGAACGACCGCCUUUAAAUGAAAGCCAGCUUGCUAGAGUAUUACAAGAAGAAUAUUCAGACGAUGGGGAUUUUUCAUCAGGAUCGGGUGACAACUACGUUCCUGAGCGCGACAUUAACCAGACUGAAUCAGAAAGUAGUGAUAUAAUAUCUCAGUCUGAAGAAGAAGUAAGUUGCCUGAACUAG